AUGGGGAUUUGUGUAAGCAAAGAGAAGCCUGUAAAGACAAACGCGAAUGGGCAUAGAGCUGGGAAUGGAGUGCAUCAUAAUCAGACUCCAAUUCAAUACACAAUGUCCCCAGGCUAUGCCGCUCACUUGCCUGUAAUUCCACCUGCAAGCCCUAAACGAGUUGUUCAAAAAGCAAACACCAUUUUAGGAAAGCCGUAUGAAGAUAUCAAAGCCCAUUACAGCCUUGGAAAAGAACUGGGUAGGGGACAAUUUGGUGUUACUUAUCUUUGUACUGAUAUUGCAACUGGUCAACAAUAUGCUUGCAAAUCAAUUUCUAAAAGGAAGCUUGUUACCAAGAGUGAUAAAGAGGAUAUGAGAAGAGAGAUUCAGAUUAUGCAGCACUUGAGUGGGCAAUCAAAUAUUGUUGAAUUCAAGGGUGCUUAUGAGGAUAAACAGUCAGUGCAUCUUAUUAUGGAAUUGUGUGCUGGUGGAGAGCUUUUCGAUAGGAUCAUUGCUAAGGGACAUUACAGUGAAAGAGCUGCUGCUUCAAUCUGUAGGUCUAUUGUGAAAGUUGUACAGAUUUGCCACUUCAUGGGCGUGAUGCACCGGGACCUUAAGCCAGAGAAUUUCUUGUUGUCAGAUAAGAGUGAAAAGGCUCUGCUCAAAGCAACGGACUUUGGAUUAUCAGUUUUCCUUGAAGAAGGAAAGGUAUAUAGGGAUUUGGUUGGGAGUGCUUAUUAUGUAGCCCCUGAAGUAUUACACCGCAGAUAUGGGAAGGAAGCUGACAUUUGGAGUGCAGGAGUUAUGUUAUACAUAUUACUCAGCGGUGUACCCCCUUUUUGGGCCGAAAAUGAGAAGGGAAUAUUUGAUGCCAUAGCGAGGGGACAUAUUGAUUUUGAUAGCAAACCCUGGCCGUCGAUAUCUAAUAGUGCAAAGGACCUGGUCCACAGGAUGCUGAUGCAGAAUCCAAAGGAACGCAUUACAGCUGCUGAAGUUCUUGAACAUCCAUGGAUGAGAGAAGGUGGAGAUGCAUCAGAUAAGCCUAUAGACAUUGCAGUACUCUCCAGGAUGAAGCAAUUCAGAGCAAUGAACAAACUCAAAAAACUCGCGCUGAAGGUUAUUGCGGAGAAUUUAUCUACAGAAGAAAUUCAUGGGCUGAAAGCAAUGUUCACAAAUAUGGACACUGACAACAGUGGAACAAUAACUUAUGAAGAACUUAAAACUGGAUUGGCUCGACUUGGUUCAAAGCUCACAGAGACUGAAGUUAAGCAGCUUAUGGAAGCCGCGGAUGUGGAUGGAAAUGGGACGAUUGACUACAUUGAGUUCAUUACUGCUACAAUGCACAGACACAGAUUAGAAAGAGAGGAAAAUCUUUACAAAGCAUUUCAGUACUUUGAUAAAGAUAAUAGUGGGUUUAUCACAAGAGAUGAACUAGAAGCGGCCAUGAAUGAGUAUGGAACGGGUGACCCUGCCACCAUAAAGGAAAUAAUAUCUGAAGUGGACUCGGACAAUGAUGGAAGAAUCAAUUACGAAGAAUUUUGCACCAUGAUGAGAACUGGAACCCAACAGCCGGACAGACUCUUUUAG